CAAGGAGAAGUUGUAAUGGAGGGAACAAGGGAGACUCGUAGUGGAAGAUUAAGGCGCAGCAGCAAGCUUAAGAGGACUCUGAGGAGGAUGAAAGCCAAAGCUGCUGCUGCCAAGGCGGAGAUAACCCGCGUGAGAGAGGAAACGGCGGGAAUGGUUGCUGCAAUGGAGGACCUCAAACUCGAGAUCGACCUGUUGAAGCCAGCGCUCGGCCAGCAAUCUGAAGACACGCUUCUUAUCUCAGAAGCAGUGGACGGUGUUACCCAGAUUAUACUUCAGCUUUAAUUAGCUAAGGAUGCAAAAAGACCAGCUAUUUUGCUUUGAUGUUCUGUUGUGUCAGGGAUCUAAUCCUCCUUGAUUAAGUCCUAGGUGUUGUUGUACUUCAGCUUCUUACUAGACUGGAGAAGAGGCCAGAGCCCCCUGUAACCCUGUCUAGGAGAGUGUUUUUUCCAUUUGCUGGUCUUUUUGGUUAGACUGCAGAUUUUGGGUUGUUUUCUCAGUAUAUUAUUGUAAAAUCUGCAUUUCUCAAUAAGAUUCGACACCAAGAUUAAAUCCUUAAAGUUACG